AUGACCUUUUCUGAUCUUUGGGAAAUGGUCGAGGAAUUUACAAAAGAAAAUUCUAGUAGUGGUGAAGGCUAUCAAAGAAAUAACGGUGGCAUAGGCUGGUAUUAUCAACACUAUGACGAAGAAGAUACUGCUGUUCGACGAGCGAUAUUUAAGGUUCUCAAAACACAUCGUAUGUUCUUAGAAAUUAUUGCCAUGCUCUACAGUGAUUUGGCUUGGUGCUAUCUUUUUACUGGUCGACCUUUGCUGGCUAGUCCGUGUAUAUCUAAAGCUGUUUAUAUUCGUGCGACGGGUUUGGACAGCUUUUACUAUUUAGCACAUACCAGGACUUUGGUCUGUUUGGCUAUGGUUUACCUAGCAUUAAGUGAUUUUGACAACGCAGUCAAAACUUUGAACAUCGCAAUAACUUCAUUUAAAAUAUACUCGCUUUUUGAUCGCCAUCAUACGCUAGCAUUGCUCUACGUUGAACUGGGCGAUGUUUAUACGUUAGCAGAUAGCAGUGAUCAACUUGCUUUGGAAUCAUAUACAAAAGCAAUGAAUAUGUUGAGCGAGAUGGGUGACGAAGAAAAUGUAACUGAUAUUCGUAAUCAUAUACAACGAAUGGAAAGACCGAGAAAGUUUGUCUUAUCCACGAGCUACGCAUUCAGAAAAUGGCUUGCAAAUAACAAGGCACGUAUUGUUACCAAGAGCAAGAAGAGAGACUCCAAAUUUGAAUCGGAGCAAAUCGAGACCUCUAUUAAAAUUGUAUACCAACUUUUAUAAGAUAAGACUACAUUGUCUAUAUGACGAAUUCCUUGUAUUUGAUAAUCCAGCGUCCAUUCAUAGAAAAACAAAAGCUUCACUGUAGUUUGCUUUUUUUGUAUAUGAAAAGGAAAUUUUACAAAGUGUCUUAAACACUGAUUGUUUGAGUUUUGUUUCUUACAGCCGAUAACCAAGAGAUUCUCAGUCAGUUCGCGAAUCCUGAGCUUCUAAUUGGUCGACAAGGAACCGGUAGCCUGAAAGAAUAGAAGGCUAAACCACGCCGUGACCAGCUUCAACUGUUGCUCAAACAUUCUAACCAAAUGAAUUAAAGCUAUCUGCAUAUGAAUUAGUUCACGGAAGCCACAAUUGAUUCUGCUCAAUCGCAUAUUCCAAAAUUCUGCUGCACCGGCAAACCCUAGUUUCAAUCCUGUUCAAUCCUUGAUAAAUCCUGGAAGGAUCUUUCAGGAUCCUGAAUCUCAAGGAUCUUGUCAAGUUUUGUUCAGGAUCCUGCUUCAAAUCCUGGUAAUUUCUGUUUCCAGGAUUUUUCAAGGUGAAACAAGAUCCUUUUCAGGGUUUCUUCAAGAUCCUACUCAGAGAUUUUUCAAACUUGGGAUUACAGGAUCCUAUCAGGAUUUGCUCAAGAUCCUUGAUAGGAUCCUUUCAAGAUUAUGAAAAAGGAUUUGGCUAUGACCUUUUCAGGUUUUCGCCAAGAGGGUGUGGGUGUGUGGGUGUGGGUGUGGGUGUGGGUGUGGGUGUGGGUGUGUGGGUGUGGGUGUGGGUGUGGGUGUGGGUGUGGGUGUGUGGGUGUGGGUGUGGGUGUGGGUGUGUGGGUGUGGGUGUGGGGU